CUGAAGAGAAGAUUGUAUUACCACGUUUUGAUCAUUUUGCUUGUUCUACUGGCUCUCAUUUGGCUACGUUGAUUUUUAGACGCUACCCAUUACCGACGAAAUAUUUGGAUUGAACAAGUACCAUGUGGAGGAUAAUAAUUUUGUGUAUCGUGACCAUGAGCAUAGCGGAUACUAAUACAAAAGUUAGCUACGAGGGUUACAAAAUUUUCAGUCAUAUCCCGAAACAGAACACGCAUUUAGAGAUGGUUAAAGGAAUGAAAAUUGACGGUGACGGUUACCGAUUCUUGCGAGACCCAAGUUUUUUAUUCAGAGAAGUAUUUAUCAUAGUAGGACCAGAAAACCUAACUGACUUUUACGAACUUAUGUCCGAUUUCAACGCAGACUUUGAAGUCAGAAGUCACAAUGUCCAGAGUUUAAUCGACGCUACGAUUCCUCAGAGUCCAUCGAAGUUUGAUUUUGAAAGCUAUCAUACUCUCCAAGAAAUCUAUGAUAAUCUGGACGAAUUGGCCACGAUGUACCCCAAGAUGGUGCAUAUCGUCGUAGGAGGCACAACAUUUGAAGGACGUGAAAUCAAAGGCGUAAAGUUAUUCUCUGAUUCCGAGAAAUCCGGAGUCUUUCUCGAGGGUGGCAUUCAUGGUAGGGAAUGGAUUUCCCCGGCAACUGUCAUGUAUAUCCUGCAUCAAUUAGUGACUAGCGAUGAUCCAGAUGUGAAAUAUAUACGUGAAAAUCAUAAUUGGAUUAUUUUCCCAGUAUUCAAUCCUGAUGGAUAUGUGUACUCGCAUGAGAAGGAUAGAUUAUGGUGCAAAAAUCGCAAUCUCGCACAGUACUAUCCUACCUGCUUUGGCGUGGACCUCAAUAGGAACUGGGAUUUUCGCUGGAAUAAGACGGGCUGGACCAACAAUCCUUGCGACGACACUUAUCCUGGAUACGUAUGGUUCUCCGAAGUAGAGACGGACAGCAUGUCCAAAUUUAUGUCAGACAAUAUCGAACAUUUUGACUCGUAUAUCUCGUUCCGUGGUUUUUCCCAACGAUUAAUGUUUUCUGUUGGUAAUACUGAUGCAUCUACUCUCUUCUCUGAUCAAUUGCUCCGUCUUGGUUCAAUAGCAGUCGAGGGUGCUAGGAAGGUCUACGGUACCAACUAUACGGUUGGACGUAUUAACAAUUUUCACCGGUCGAGUGGCCUCAGUGUAGAUUACGUCUCAGGUGUUUUGCGUAAAUCCAUCGUGUUUAUGUUCGAAUUGCGCGAUGAGGGUCAAUACGGCUUCUUGCUACCACCUGAUCAGAUUAUUCCGACUGCAAACGAGACUCUAAAUGCUCUUACAGAUAUGUUUAAGACAUUGUCAAACGGAUUUUUGUAAAAUGAUGAUCCUAAAUGAAUGUUUUAUGAUUUAUUGUUAUUAAUUACAUAAUUUUAUUUGAUAAUUGACCAAUAUUACGCGAAUAACUGUUUUCAUGUAAUCUAUCAUUAUUGUUAGAACAAUUGUCUGCAAAUGUAUUUGAAAAAAUUCUAUUUACUUUUUACAUUAUUUCUUGGCAUACUUUGCCCAAAUUAAUGAUUCAGUAUAAUUCCCAGCUUAAUACUUACUAGUACUUUGCUUUACUACUUUUCAUUUAGUACUUAUAAUUAAUUCUCACAUCUCUCUGUACGUUUAAGAUAAUAAAGAAUUAUAUUACUAUAUUCUAAGC